AUGUAUAUAAUGUUCUUCAGUGGCUUGAAAGAGAGGUUGGAAGCAAAGUUUGAUGAACAAACUACAUGGAGGUAUUUCAGACAGAUUGUGGAAGGCUUGAAACACAUACACAGCAAACGAAUCAUCCAUAGGGACCUCUCCUCAAAUAAUAUUUUCUUUGAUGAUUCGGACAAUGUGAAGAUUGGAGAUUUUGGUCUUGUGCAACAGAGUGGCUCACCUGUUGGUGUUUUUGAGGGCACUAUAUUUUAUCGAGCCCCUGAGAGUGCGACUGAAAACAGCAGCAAACUUGACAUAUACAGUGUAGGAAUCCUGCUAUUCGAAAUGCUUUGUCAAUUCAAUACAGGAUCAGAGAGGUCGCAUGUCAUCAAGAAAUUAACAACCGAAAAGAUAUUGCCUGAUGAUUGGCAGUAUGCUGAUGAGUACACUGAUUUCUUAUUUGAGCUGAUUGCUGAUGAUCCAAAUCAACGUCCUUCCGCUUCUGAUAUUUUACAAAAUGAUCUUCUUCUGAGGAACACAUAGAUCAAUGUGUAAUGUCUGGAAUACUAUACGUAUUUUCUAACAAAAGAAAAGUAUGCACAACUGUGAUUGGAAUGUGUGCAACGGACAGUUAUUCUUCGACUCCACCACAGUAAUCAAAGGCAGAUUCUCCGAUGCGAUGCAUGCAGCAGACACUUCAUUUUCAGUGUUUUAGACAAUUGACUCUUAUACUAAUUGAUAUUCUAA